UUGCAUUUGGCGGGAUUUACUAACAGAACAGUAACGAAAAGUAUGUAUGUAACGUCGUUGCGUGCGGUGUCAUUGUUAGUUUGAAGUUCUUUAAAGUACAUUAAUUUACCUUACAUAUAAUUACUUCCAAUUAUAUAAAAAUGGAAAUUGAAAAAGAAAAUAUAAUCCCGAGCACUUCAAAUAAUGCAGGCGAUUUAAAUAUUGUGGGAACUGAUGUAAAAUUCAGUAAAGAUCUCAUAAACAUGGAUCAGGUGCUUGAAAAAAAAAGAAAGCGAAAUGAAACUAAAACAUUAGAAGAAGAACAAUAUCAUCAGGAAAUGCAAGAAAAACAAUACAAACGAUUGAUGCACUUAUUAAAUAGAAGUAAAUUCUUUUCCAAUUAUAUUGUUAAUAAAAUUGAUGAUAAUAUCAAGCAGAAAGACAAAAAUAAAGUUAAGAAUGGGUAUACAAAAAAAGCUGAUAACAGGGAUGAAAAUACACUAUCAGAUAAGAAGAAGAAAAAAAAUCAAGAUAUACGAAAACAUAUAGAUACAGAUGUACGCGAAAAGAUACAAAUGAACAGGAAUAAAUUAAAUUUAAGUCAAGAAGAUAUUUAUGAUGAAAAUGGUAUAGAAAAUACUAAUACUGUUAAAAUACAUGAAUAUUUUAAUGGAGAAUUAAGACAUUAUCAAAAAGAAGGACUUCAAUGGUUGAAAGUUCUUUAUGAAAAUGGCAUAAACGGUAUCUUGGCUGAUGAAAUGGGUCUUGGGAAAACAGUUCAAGUGAUAGCUUUACUAUGUCAUUUAUUUGAAAAACAACAAAGUGGACCUUACUUAAUAAUUGCUCCUUUAUCAACUAUACCAAACUGGACAGCAGAAUUUAAAAGAUUUGCACCAAAAUUGCCAGUUAAGAUAUUACAUGGUCCAGAAAAAGAAAGAUUGAUUGUACAAAAAGAAAUUCGGCAAAAAUACAAUAUUACAAACAAUUAUAGUUCACAACCUAUAGUACUUACCACAUUUGAGAUUCCAUUACUAGAUAGAAACUUUCUUAGAUCUCAACAAUGGAGGUAUAUAGUAAUUGAUGAAGGUCACAGAAUAAAAAAUUUUAGAUGUCAGCUUAUCAGGGUGCUAGCAAGCUGCAAAUCUAUGAAUAGACUCCUUUUAACAGGCACACCACUACAAAAUAAUUUAGCUGAAUUGUGGUCGCUAUUAAAUUUUCUAUUGCCAGAAAUUUUUGACGAUUUAGCUGUAUUUGAAUCAUGGUUUGAUGCAAAGGAACUUCAGAACACAGAAGGCACUAAAAAAUUGUUGCAACGCGAACAAGAAAAACAUGUAUUGGCAUCCUUACGCGAAAUACUAAAACCAUUUAUGUUAAGACGCGAAAAGAUACAUGUUUGUGCAGAUAUUCCACCAAAAAAAGAAGUGAUUGUUUAUGCUCCUCUUACAGAACUUCAACACGAUUUAUACUUAGCAGUAUUAAACCGUGAUAUAAAAAUGAUAUCUAAAAUUGAAGAACCUAGUAUAUAUACAGAUGAUGGCAAAAGACGGAAGAGAAGAUGUGUUCUUAGAAAUAUGGCUAAUGACAAAUAUGGUAGAAAUAAUAUGGAGGAAGAAAAUUUACAAGGCAAUUCCUAUCAGAAAAGUGAUUCAAGUCACAAGACUUUAUCGAUUUGGAAAGAGUAUACUAAUGUGACAGAACGUAAUCAAGAAUUCCUUCUUAAUAUUACGAUGCAUCAUAGAUUUACUAUGUACAAAAAGAUUGUAAAUCAUCCAUAUCUGGUUCACUGUCCAUUGGAUGCAUCUGGUUUACCAUUAAUCAAUGAAGAUUUAAUUAAAUCAUCCGGUAAACUAUUAGUAUUAGAUUUAAUGCUUGCAAAACUUAAGAGUCUGGGACACAAAAUUUUAUUAUUUUCCACUAUGACAACAAUAUUGGACACAAUAGAAGAUUACUUAUCAAUGCGUCCUUAUGAAUACGUAAGAUUAGAUGGUAAAAUUGGAAUUGAAGAAAGGGAAAAAAACAUUGCAGCAUUUAAUUCAAACCCUAAUAUAUUUCUGUUCCUUUUAACUACAAGAGCUGGUGGUGUUGGAUUAAACCUUGCAGCAGCAGAUACUGUUAUUAUAUAUGAUAGCGAUUGGAAUCCACAAAUGGAUAUUCAAGCUAUGGCUCGUUGCCAUAGGAUAGGCCAGACAAAACCUAUAGUUAUAUAUAGACUUUGUACCAAAGGAACAGUUGAUGAAAUAAUUAUUAAACGUGCAGAGGCAAAACGUGUUUUAGAGAAGAUGGUUAUUUCUCAGGCUUCUAAAACUACUAUACUAAAUAAGGAAACUUUAUUGGAAUUACAAAAAUGUUUGGAGUCGAAAGAUUGUCAAAUAGUUGUAUCUAAAAAUAAAGUUUUUACAGAAGAAGAACUUAAUAAAUUGUUAGAUAGAAGUGACUUAUAUGAAAACUUGAAACCUAAGGAACCAUGAAAGUAUUAUAUUUUCUUGAGAAGGACAGGAGUAAUAUAAAUGUGAGGACAUUUUUUAAUUUAAUUGAUAAUUUAAUAUUAUUUAUAUUAUUUAUUUCUGUAUUUUUGUUAUAAGUAAAUUGAUAAGUUGCAAGAUCUAAUAAAAAGUUAUUGCAUAGUGAUAGGUAAA